AUGAGGUUUCAAGAGGCAUCGACGGGGAUGAAAGUCUGGAUGGAUCGCAAAGCCCAUCACGCGGCCGCACCCCAGCUACACUUGUUACACGAACUCGACCCCUCCCGGGCCUCGGAUGCCCACCCUGUCGACGGAAAGGGGAGGCGACGACGGACGUGGGCACAACCGGCCAGGCAUGAGCAGGCAGACUACAAGCACAACCAUGAGCACGGCCGUCGACGAGCACAGCAGCAACAGUGCGGCGAGCAUGUGAACUACGCCUUGUCCGAGAAGGUGGCCACAUACCCGAUCGAGACCAUAAGGAGCACCCCUGUACUCGAUCGCCCUCGACGUGUCGGUCAAGAAGGCGUCGAGGCUGGUGUGUUCAACCCCAUGACCACGUUGGUGUACUACGACGGGCAUGUGGAGACGAACUUCUACGAUAACUCGGAGCUGUCGGUGAUCAGCACCAUGAUGAUGAACAUUAGGUACCUACCCGGUGACCAGCGCCUACGAGAUCAGAUGUAUGGUUACGGUACUGGUGUAUCUGGAGGAAAGGUGCUCUACGCCAGGACCACGGCCUCGGUCUCGGGACAUCAGCGACGAUAUGGUCGUAUUCAGCGACUACUCGGUGGGCAAGAUAAAGUACGCACUUACGGACAUUAA